CAGAGAAGAAUUUGGGAGGUGACAAUAUAAAUGGGGAUAGUUGAAGCCAAUCCUGUAGGAGAUGCCCCACAAAUGGUUCAAGCUGUAGCUUCGUAUGCUCCCAAGCACAAACCUGGUCAGCCACCAUCUAUUGGUGUCCCCUGGAGCACUGGAUUAUUUGAUUGCCAUGAAGAUCAAGCCAAUGCUUUUAUGACAGCAAUUUUGCCAUGCGUAACAUUUGGACAGAUAUCUGAGAUCCUGGAGAAUGGAGAGAUGAAAUGUGCAUUAGGUUCAUUUAUCUACCUGUUGUUGAUGAUGCCUGCAUUCUGCUUUCAGUGGGUAAUGGGAUCCAAGUACAGAACCAAGCUGAGGCAGAGGUUUAAUCUUGUUGAAGCUCCUUAUUCUGAUAUUGUCUCUCACAUCUUUUGCUCUUGUUGCUCUCUAUGCCAGGAGUUCAGGGAGCUCCGCAACAGGGGUUUUGAUGCAGCUAAAGGAUGGGAUGGUUUACUUGCUGAGCAGCAGCAGGCUACUGGAAUAUAUGGAAACCAGCAUAUGAACACUCCUCCCCCGACUCAGUCCAUGUCAAAGUAGAGAUUCUUUUUUAUUUUUGUAUUCAUUGCCAUUUGUACAUUUGUUACCAUUUACGUUUAGAUGUGUAGUUACUGGUUUUCCUACCUGUACGGUACAAAUAAAUAUCCUGGUGAUAUAUUUCUUGAAGAGAAUACUCUUAUUCAAUAGCAACACAUUCUUUGGAAACAUUCAUGAUACAAAAAGAAUUCAUCAGUGCAUAGUGCAUACAUUUCUUGACAAUCUUGAUAGGGAUGACUCAUUUUUUCCGGAUUUCGGGUUCACAAAAGACGUAUUAAUAGGCGCCAGUGAAGACUCGAGAUCGAGGAGUCCCCCAAUGGAUGACUACAUUUAAUAGAAUUCUGAGUUAAAUACUACCUCCAUCCCCCAAACAACUACUUACUUCUUAAGUGAUUUGACAAGGCGAUUUUCAUAAUUAACCUUACAAUUUACUUACUUCUUACGUAUUUUGAGAUAUAAUAAGGGUAUAAUUAGAAAUUCAAAACAAAACAUUAUCUUGCAUAAAUAUUAGUGUAAGUAAGAAAUUCAUAGCAAAAUGACCCACACUUCAAUUUCUAAAACGAUUAUGCUUUUCCGUCGUAGUUUUUCAAAAUUAUAAAUUUAGAUCAACAUUAACUUAUACUAUGUACUUUUAACUUUUUAUAUACUCGUAUUUAAUUAAAUAAAUUAAUUAAUUAUUUACUUUAACUUUUCUGAACAUUUUAAACAAGAAGUUAAUUCAAAUAAUGAAAAAUUAAUCUUACAUAUUAACCUGUAGUUAAAAAGAUCAAACAAAAUCUCAAAAAUUGCUAUAAAAUGAUACUCUGCUAAUUCCAUGAAUUAAUUAGCCGCUACAAUAAUAUUUUUUUAUGGAAGUUGCUAAAGUAAUUUAAGCAUUAAUAUUAUUGAAUUAGUAUUGAGAUAUGGCAAAUUGACUAUAUUUAAGGAGAUAUGAUCCUUCUACUUUGGUUAUUCUCCAUACAGGUUGCACGAGAUAAACAAAGAAUCUCACUCAACUUUGUCAGAUACUAUCAUAUCUCACUGACGCACUCAACCUGAUCACCCCAACCCCUUCCUUAUUUCCUUUAUCACUAAGCAAGCUUUAGCCACGAAAUUGUUCAGGUAAGCAAAUACAGAUAUGAAACUAUGCAAGACAUAAUCAUAUACUGUGUCCAUGAGAUGCAACUAAGAGCUGUGUGAUAAACUCAUUGAGGUGAUGAGAUGUAUAUUUUUCACCCAAGAACACACUAAGCUAAUACUAGCUUGGUCCUGAAAGUGAAAUGUAGUUCUAUGGGUUUGAGACAAAUUUAUUAGGAUAGAAGUUGAAAAGAAAAAGAUAAGUUGAAACUUAGGUACAAAUGCGAGAAACCACAAGAAAAGAUGAAAAUUAUUUUAGAACGGUCUAAAAAGGAUACUAUGAAUUGAAGUUUAUUUCAGCAGGGAAGAGAACUAUGUCAAAGCUCAUACCUUAUAGUCUUAUACACCAGAUGAGAAUACAUGGACGCAAUGAACUUUUGCCUCAUUGAAACCAUCCCUGGCUGAUGCAAAAGAUGUAACAAAAGAGAGCAACUUGAGGGUCAAGCUUUCUUAAGUUCCUCCAUUCGAUCUGAGAAUACUUCAUACAAUCAUAUAAUCAAUUAGCCAAAGCGUGUCAAAAGAGUAUCUUCAUUAGAGAACAGGACCAUAACAAGAUGCGCCUUGCGGAACUUUCAUCCCAGUUGGAAAUACUCUUUAGUACAGAAAUAUCAGUAAACUUCAGGCUGAUUUCAUGAAAUUGUUCAUUCUUUCUCAAUUCAUAAAAUGUUUUUUACACAGUUGGACUAUUUUCUAAUUUUCUGGUUUUCAAUCUAGAGGGCUAGAAUGUUUAACCUUCCCGGUUGACCAAAAUACCCCUGGAAGAUCGGUGCAGUUCCAAAUCAACCUCAGUCGCUUCCUCCUCCUUCUCGAAGCACCUCAGUUUCUUACCCAAAACUGCAGCUAGAUAAUCAUCAAAUUCAGCACCACUCCUCUUAAGAAGCUGAUAAACCCUAACCCAGCAGCAAUCAAAGCCUUAGCUAACCUCACUACCUCUUUGGAAUUGGAAACGUCAAGCUGAAUCGCACACUGAUUUUACAAGUCGCAAAUUAAGCAGUCGAUGUCCUCUGUCAAGCCAUUCCUAGCACAAUCGGCAGCCGUUUAGGCGUACAGGUUCAAUUCCGGCGCGUUGUAUUCCAGUCGACUGUCGUCGGGCGGAGAGGAGUUCGAGAGACAAAUCGGAGUUGCCUUAACGGAUAAGCUCUUCAAAAGCGGCGAAUCCGGCCUUUGUAUAGCGGUCCCCGGUUCCAACAUCGAGCCGGAAUGUAGCAUCUAGAGGCGGCGGAGGUCGCUGAGCGGGCGGUUGUUGACGGUAGCAGCAAAAUGAAGUUGAGAUUUAAAGAAAGAGAGGCUGCCAUGAGUGAAACGCCGCUGCAAAAUCCACCCCAGAGGCGGAGGCCGAUAAUUUUGCUCGGAUGUUUCUGAUUUUUACAGAAGUUUUUCCUUUAUUGUAGAAGAUGAAUAAAAAGUGAAAAUUGUUGGCAACAAAAA